AUGGAUUUAUCUGAUGUUCGAAUUCAAGAAGUCCAGAAUAUCCUUCAUGCUAUGCAGAAAAUCUUAGAGUGUCCAAUAUGUUUGGAAUUGAUCAAGGAACCCAUUUCCACAAAGUGCGACCACAUAUUUUGCAAAUUUUGUAUGCUGAAACUUCUUAACCAGAAGAAAGGUCCUUCAAAAUGUCCUUUGUGUAUGAAUCAGAUAACCAAAAGGAGCCUGCAAGAAAGUACAAGGUUUAGUCAACUUGUUGAAGAACUGUUGAAAGUCACUGAUGCUUUUGAGCUUGACACAGGAAUACAGUUUGCAAACAGUUUUAGUUUUUCCAAAAAGAAGAAUAAUUUUUCUGAACAUGUGAUUGAAGAGGCUUCUAUCAUCCAGAGUGUGGGCUACCGAAACCGUGUCAAAAGACUUGGGCAGAUAGAAUCUGAAGAUGCUGCCUUGAAGGACAGUCUUAGUGUCCAGCUGUCUAACCUUGGAAUUGUGAGAUCAGUGAAGAAAAACAAGCAGACACAGCCUCGAAAAAAAUCUGUCUACAUUGAACUAGAUUCUGAUUCUUCUGAAGAUACAGUUAAUAAGCCUGAUGAUUGCAGUGUGACAGAGCAGUUGUUAGAAGUCACCCCUCAAGGAGCUGGACAUGAGGCCAGUCUGCAUUCUGCAACCAAGGCUGCUUGUGAGUUUUCUAAGGACAUAACAAACACUGAACAUCAUCAAUGCAGUGAUAAAGAUUUGAACCCUAUUAAGAAUCAUGCAACUGAAAGGCAUCCAGAAAAAUGUCAGGGUGAAGUGGCAUCUGGAUAUGAGAGUGAAACAAACCUUUCUGAAGACUGCUCACAGAGUGACAUUUUAACCACUCAGCAGAAGGCUACCAUGAAAGAUAACCUGAUAAAGCUCCAGCAGGAAAUGGCUCACCUGGAAGCUGUGCUGGAGCAGCAUGGGAACCAGCCUUCUGUCCACUCCCCUUCCCUCAUAGCUGACCCUCAUUCCCCAGAAGACCUACCAAAUCCAGAAGAAAACAUAUCAGGAACAGCAAUUUUAACUUCAGAGAACAUUAAUGAGAACCCUGUAAGCCACAAUCCAAAGAGCCCUUCUGCUGACAAGUUCCAGCCACAACAUCCCGGCGGUUCCACCAGUACAGAAGAAGAAUCAGAAGUGGGAAGGCCUUCCCCUUUUAAAUCUCCAUUGACAGGCAGCAGGUGCCCUGCACACAGCCGCUCUGGGGGUCUUCAGAGCAGAAACUGCCCAUCUCAAGAGGAGCUCCUUCAGGCUGUUGAAUUGGAGAAGUCAUGUGAACCACAGAACUUAACAGGGCAGUUUUGCUUGCCAAGGCAAGAUCUAGAAGGAACCCCAUCCCUGGAAUCUGGAAUCAGCCUUUUCUCUAUCAGAAACUCCGAGUCUGAGUCCCCUAAAGAGCCAGCUCGUGGUUGCACAUCAACUUCAACCUCUGCACCGAAAAUAUCCCAGUGUCAAGGUGCUGGGUCUUCCAAGAGUCCCGCUGCUGCUUGGGCUGAUACGGCAGGGCUAGAGGCUUUGGGCAAGAGAAAGCCAGAACUGACAUCUUCAGAAGAAAGAACCCAUACAGAAAUAUCCAUGGUGGUAUCAGGCUUGACCCACAAAGAAGCAAUGAUUGUGCAGAAGUUUGCUGAAAAAUACGGCCUCACUUUGACUGAUGAAAUUACUGAGGAGACUACACAUGUAAUAAUAAAAACAGAUGCUCAGUUUGUGUGUGAACGGACGCUGAAGUAUUUUCUAGGAAUUGCAGGAGGAAAGUGGAUAGUUAGCUAUUCAUGGGUAAUCCGGUCUAUCCAAGAAAGAAAACUUCUAAAUGUGCAUGAAUUUGAGGUCAGAGGAGAUGUUGUGACUGGGAGAAACCACCAAGGUCCAAAGCGAUCCAGAGAAUCCCAGGACAAGCUCUUCAAGGGCCUGAAGAUCUGUUGUUGUGAGCCCUUCACCAACAUGUCCAAAGAUGAGCUGGAGAGGAUGCUGCAGCUGUGUGGGGCUUCCGUGGUGAAGGAGCUUCCAUCGCUCACUCAUGACACCAUGAGUAUCCGAGGCCUCCUUAAGGGUACUCAUCCCAUUGUGAUCGUACAGCCAAGUGCCUGGACAGAAGACAGUAGCUGCCCUGAGCUUGGGCAGCUGUGUGAGGCCCAUCUGGUGAUGUGGGACUGGGUGCUGGACAGUAUAUCCGUCUACCGUCGCCGGAAUCUGGAUGCCUACCUGGUACAGAAUAUCACCCAUGAGUGUAGUGAGCUCCAAGACCCCAACGAUUAGUUUAAGAAAUGGUCUUUCAUACCCAGGGAGCAUCUCUCACUCUUAGGUGUUUCUACAUCCUAUGUACUAAGUAUUUUAUAUACAUCAGCCAGGAAGAAAACAGCUUCUGCCUAUGUGAGGGUCCCUUAAAAUUUUCUAAUUUAAGUCUCCCUUUGGAAUCUGUCUUGAGCACAAAGAGUGUGAAUUCACCUGAGAAUUAUCACUAUUUAAAUCCCACCAAUUGAGCAAGAUGCUAACUUGUUAUGUGUUGUUCUUAGAGAGUCAAUGGUUUGGCUGUUCUGAGCUGAACAUGGUGGUCUUAGCUGAACAUGGUGGUAUGUGACCAUAAUCACAGCACGUGGCAGCAAGAGACAGAAGUGUUUUGAGUUCAAGGCCAACCUGGGCUACAUAAGACCCUGACUCAAGCAAAUAGCUAGUGGUUCUAAUUUGUUUCUUAUAAAAUCUCAUGUUCAUAAAGGCCAAUAGUCAAAUCCUUCAAGGAGUUUGCUUGAGGUCUGUGAUUUGACUUAAAAUCAGUGUUCCUUGAGUCUCCAGGUUUAAUGCCCAGCACCAAACAACACCCAGUCCCCUCCCCCCAGAAGCAGCGCUUGUGCAGGUCUUGGAUGUUAGAGGACACUGAGGAAGUUCAGAGGCAGAUAAUGUAUUUGUGUGAAUGUGAAGUUUUCAAGCAUCAGUAUCCGGGAGAUCGUUCUCAUUCCCCAUAACUGAUGAGCAAAGCGCUUGUUGUAGUUGCUCAAAGUAACCCAUUCCUCUUAAAAUACAAGAUCUCUGAUAUGAAUAUUUCAUGUCUGUAAAAUGAUGGAUUCCACCAGGAAAGGGGCUGUUGCUUUUUUUUAAGUAAUUUUUCCCUUUUGCUUUCUAUUGCCAAACCAUACUACUUCGUAAAUAAUUUUGCUUGCUGAAGAAAAAGACCAUAUUUUUCAUGAACUCAUUAUCUUGGACUGUUUAUAGCUGUUGGAGGGAAUAGUCUUCCCUAUGUACCCCACCACAUGGAGGCCUGAUUAUACAAAGUAUGUUUUAUAAAUGUUGUACCAUUAAUACUGCAAAUAAACUGAAUAACAAACA